AAUGACAAAACUUCAUAAAGAUCUUUUCCACCUUGUUUGUUUUCUCAUUCAUGGUUCAUUUUCCACCACAACCUUUGCCACCUAAGACCCUCCACCUUAACUUUUAUGCUACUAUAUAAAAUAUUAUUUCUUUUCUUUAACCAUAGUACUUAUAGUAGUUUUUCUGUUCCCUAGUUAUUCUUCAGUAUUUCAUUAGUACUCUCCGAUGGGUGGAAUAUGCCCAAGAAAUUCUUGUUUUUAGUUGAGGAUGGAAUCUGCAGUUUUUUUGUCAAAAGUUUCAAGAUUUUGAGACCAUUAAUGAUGCUAUAGUUUUAUGGAUAUUUAUUGAGUAAAAUUAGUCGUUUCAAGCGGACUGGGCUCUCUGGAAUUAGUUUAAACGACAAGAAAAAGGCUUUGUUUUUGUAGUGUGAAAAAAUGGAGCUGAAGUUGGUUAAUUCCAAGUCAUUAUUUUUGUCUAAAUUAGUCAAUACAGAGGUGAUGAAGUCUAGUUCAUUUCUUGACACAGAGCUAAUGUUUGGUCUCAGUGGUACUCACAAGUUCUCUUCUUGCAGAGGUGUUGUACUCAAGGCUUCUCGUUCAAGUGCUUCUUACGAUGCUGCAAGCUCUGUUAGCAAAGAGAACUUUAUACUGGACGAAUUUUCUUGUCAGAUAAAUGGGAAAAGUUGUUCAGGACUGUAUAGAGAUGUAAGAAUUCUUGAUGCUUCUGAUGAUGUAUAUGGAGGAGUACUCAUUAAUCCUCAAACACUACCAUCCAAUCCCAAUAUAUUUGCAUCUGUACUUUGUUCAUCUCUCUCUCACUGGAAAAUGAAGGGGAAGAAGGGAGUUUGGCUUAAAAUACCAGUUGAGAAAUGUGACCUAGUUCCUAUUGCAGUAAAGGAAGGAUUUCAAUACCAUCACGCGGAAAGAGGAUAUCUCAUGAUGACAUAUUGGCUUCCCGAUGAUCCCUGCAUGCUUCCUUCUAAUGCAUCUCAUCAAGUUGGAGUUGGGGCUUUUGUUAUCAAUGAUAAAAAUGAGGUGCUUGUUGUACAAGAGAAACAUUCUGCACCAGCUCUUUCAGGCCUAUGGAAAAUACCAACUGGUUUCAUAAAUGAGUCGGAGGAAAUCUUUACAGGAGUCGUAAGAGAAGUGAAAGAGGAGACUGGGAUUGAUACUGAAUUUGUGGAGGUUAUGGCUUUCAGGCAUGCUCACAAUGUAGCUUUUGAAAAGUCGGAUUUAUUCUUCGUCUGCCUUUUAAGACCACUGUCAACAAGAAUCAUGGUUGAUGAUCUGGAAAUUCAGGCAGCCAAGUGGAUGCCUCUAGUUAAAUUCGUCGAGCAGCCACUAAUCCAAGCAGAUAGCAUGUUCAGAAAAAUCAUUGACAUUUGCAUUGCUCGGCUGGGAAAGCGUUACUGUGGAUUAUCCGUCCAUCAAUUAGUCUCUACAUUUGAUGGCAAACUAUCCUCUUUGUACUUCAACACAGUUGAAGAUUCAGAUGCGAACUGUCAAGCCAACUAGCACCACAAUCAUAAUUAGCGAUGCAUUUAGCUCUCGACUUCCCUUUCGAUGGAGAUUGACCGAGCUAAACACAAUGUACAUCAAUUGAUCAUCUUCCACUAUCGAUUAAUGACCUUCAAUAGAAAGUUAUGUUGACUUUCUGAUGUACCCAAAAGAAAAAAGAAAAAAUAAGAAAAAAGUGAAGAGAGUUACUAUAGUGUAUAUAUCUUCUGCUGAGGACAUGGACACCGUAAAUAUGUAACAUUUGUAUUUCUCAUCUUAUGACUAAUUUAACUUUCAGUGUUUUUCUGCCA